AUGAUACCGUAUGUAGCCAUAGUCAAGCAGUACGAGCGCCUUGCCCUCUUCACAUUGGGGAAGUACUCGGGGCUGAAGCAGCCGGGUCUCCGAAUACUCUUCUGGCCCGUCCAUAAGGCCAGGAAGAUCGACCUGCGCGAGGACGUAUUCGACAUCCCCAGCCAGACAGUCAUCACCCUGGACAACGCCCCCAUCGGCAUCGACUUCCUCGUAUACCUCAGGGUCAUGGAGCACGAGGCCGCCAAGUCGGUUCUGGAGGUCGUCGGCUACCAGGCCGCGGUCGUCGGCAUAGCCACGACGACCCUCAGGGCGGUGAUCGGCAAGAUAUCGUUGGACGAAGUGCUCUCGCAGAGGGACCGGAUCAACGAGGAGCUCCGCUCCGAGCUUGACCAGGUGACCGAGCGGUGGGGCAUCAAGGUCACCCAGGUGGAGAUCAGGGAGGUUGAGCCCGCACGCGACAUCCAGGAGGCCAUGAACCGUCAGAUGUCUGCCGAGCGCAUCCGGCGGGCCGCGGUCACCGAGGCCGAGGGCACCCGCCAGGCCGCGAUCACCGUGGCCGAAGGCGAGAAGCAGUCGGCCAUACUGAAGGCCGAGGGCGGCAGGCAGGCCGAGAUCCUGCAGGCCGAGGGCGACCAGCAGGCCGCGAUUCUCCGCGCCCAAGGCUUCGCGGACGCCCUUGACCGCAUCCACGGCGUCGCCCGGAACAUCGACUCCAACACCCUGAGCCUCCAGUACUUCGACACCCUAAAGGAGCUCGGCGCCAGCGAGUCCACCAAGUUCAUAUUCCCCAUGGAGUUCACCAACCUCCUCAGCCCAUUCAUAGACAAGAGCAAGGGCGGGGCAACGACCAAGGCACCUAGUCUCCUGUCGCUCCUAACAGGCGGGCGAGAUCUCGGUGGACUGGCUGCACUUGAGUUGGAUGUCAUGUGGCGUGUAGUUGCGGAAGAGAGAAUCACCUUUACGGAGUGUUUCCACGACAUCCCGGCGGGUGCAGAGUGCCUGUCACAGAUGCCAGUGGACAUGCCGGAGGAAUUCCGGCGUCGCAAGUACCGGAACUUCUGCAUCGAAUGUGACAAGUGCAGUCGAAGGAAGCUCAGGCUUCGUGCUAUGUACGGCACUUAA